UUGUUAGGUGACUUCAUACAGUUCGGACAAGCAGCAACAUGAAGGUCUUCGUUGUACUGAGCAUUAUCCUGGCCGUGGCCGUGGCAGCACCACAGUUUGGCGGCGGUAAUGCUAAUGCCAAUGCUGGAGCCAAUGCCCAGUCUCAGGGUGGAUUGGGUGGAGAAGGCGGCUUUGGCGGACCGGGCGGCUUCGGAGGCAAGCCUGGUCAUCAUGGUCAUCAUGGUAACCGCGGUGAAGGUGGCUUCGGUGGUCCCGGUGGUUUCGGCGGCCCCGGUGGUCCCGGAGGCCCCGGUGGUCCCGGCGGUUUCGGUGGUCAAGGCGGUUUUGGCGGACCCGGCGGUUUCGGAGGCGGUAACGCCAACGCCAAUGCGGAAUCCAGUGCCACUGCCAAUGGCGGCGGUUUCGGUGGACCCGGCGGCUUCGGUGGUGCUAAUGCCAACGCUGAUUCCAGUGCCAGUGCAAAUGGCGGUGGUUUCGGCGGCGCCAACGCGAAAGCAUCUUCUAGCGCCAGUUCCUCAGCCAAUGGCGGUGGUCUCGCCAGUGCCACAUCCAGUGCAUCUGCUAACGCUGGCAAAUAGGAGAAUCGAUAUCCGACAAACCAUACCGAACUGAAAAGAAUUGUUAAAGUGAUUUAGUU